UAUGUCAACACAAGAACAAGAACAGGAACAACUAGCCUUCAACUGCCCAACUUUUUGUUACGGAGAAAACGACCACAAAAUGCCUCACUGUGCGGCUUUUGGUUGUCACUUCCAGUCUAAAGGCAACAAGGGAACUGAUGUAAGUAUCCACACCUUUCCAAGAGAAAAGGAAAUUAGACAACAAUGGGAAAAUGCAUGUGGAAGAGAACAACUUCCCAAGGACCCACGGCUGUGUUCCCGUCAUUUCAGGCCGGACGCUUUCGAGUAUUCUCAUCGUCCACGGCUCUUUAAAGAGCUCAUUGGUGCUCCGCGAUAUAAACGACGGCUAAAGCCAGACGCAGUGCCAACUAUUUUUACUCACAGGGAGAUUAAACAACCACAACCGGCGAGUGUCAACCAUGAGAGCAAACGUCAAAGACAGGAGACGAUGGACGAAUGUGCACAAGCAUUCGAGGUGGACGUGGACAUUGACGAUGAGGAACACCCACUGGACACAGAGGAGGAAACAGACAGUGCACCUGUAGAGACUACAAAAUCUAUAAAAAUGUACUGUCCGUUUUGCGGACAUAAACUUCGAUGUGCAUCCACUUUCUGUGGUUUGUGUGGCAAAAAUAUCAAAUUCUUAUAUGAAGUUGUGAAGCGUGGCACAAGUGAAGGGAGUGCAGGAAAACGUGUGCUUCCCACAUUCCAAGAACCCCAGGCAUCAAAAAAGGAGAAAAAAAUAAUAUCUUUAAAGAAGAAGAAAGAACUUCUGAAAAUAAAGCUUGUGAAGAUUUGUGUAGGCAUGAUGAUUACAAAAGAUGGAGAGCUGAAACCUGUGAGAGGAAUGGUGCUACCACUUGCAGUGCACCCAAGGGUGGGUGCUGAGGAACUGUGUAAAGCUGCUGAACUAAAAAUGAGGGACUUUGACAAAAAUUUACAAGGUGGUCCCUACUUUCUUCUUUACCCUGAUGGCACAAAGAUAGUUAACCUUCCUGGGACAGACAGACCCUUCACUCUCCAAGCCUACAAGGAUGCACUCGGGAAAGCAUACCAGAGGAUCACAGUAUAUAUUUGUACAGCUGAAGAUUUCUAUUCUCAGGACAUCAGCACAGACUCAUCAGACUCAUCAGAUUCAGAGAUGAUCAUAGGAAGCAAAAAUGCUGUUGAAUUGUGUUCGGCUGAUACUGUAGCUGCACUUUCUGACACAGCAGAUGCCCCAGGAACAUCAAGAGGUACAAUGGACACUGCAUGCUGCAGCAAAUACACAGAAGUGUGUACACCCAUUAAAACAGUGGAUGAAGAGGACUUGGUCAGUGAUGCAGCCAGUCAUGAUAUUGUAAAGAAUGAGGAAUGUCCAAACAAUGGACAUCAGUCCACACCCACUUCCAUCUCUCCAAGAUGGCCUGUGAACCCAUUCGGGUUUUAUAAAGCAGAUCUCCAGCUCCUGCCUACGGAUAAAGAAAAUGUUGAAACUAUAAAGAAAGAGGAGAGCCCUAGUCCACGCCAGGGGGACCUAAAGCCCCCCCACAUUAUAAACGAAGAGGAGAGCUCCAGUCCACACCAGGGGGACCUAAAGCCCCCCAACAUUAUAAAGGAAGAGGAGAGCUCCAGUCCACACCAGGAGGACCUAAAGCCCCCCCACAUUAUAAACGAAGAGGAGAGCUCCAGUCCACACCAGGAGGACCUAAAGCCCCCCCACAUUAUAAACGAAGAGGAGAGCUCCAGUCCACACCAGGAGGACCUAAAGCCCCCCCAUAAUAUAAAGGAAGAGGAGAGCUCCAGUCCACACCAGGAGGAUGUAAAGCCCCCCCACAUUAUGAAGAAAGAGGAGAUGGAGUUAACCAUCCCACGGCUCGAUCCAGAAUUAGAUUUACCCCCCCUCACUGAUAUUAAGACGGAAGAUUCUUCUGACACAGAUGACAGUGAAGAUUGGAAAUAAAGCCGGCCCAAUGAAAAGGUCAUGUGAACGCAGAAGCAGAUGGAGCAGAAGGAUCAGAACCGCCAUGAGUCAUUCACAGAGGAUACAUGAAAGGAAUGACAGAAGGACUCGAACCAUCAGCCCUGUUAUAGCAUUUUGUUUUGGUUAGUUUUAUAAAACUACCUGUGAUCCUACAGAUGUGACAUUCUUUACAUAAAUCACUUAUCAUCUCUGGAGAUAAA